AUGGCGAAACUGAAGAUUUCAGGGCCAUGGACUGGUGUGUUGGAUGUGGAACUCGAUAUUUGGACUGUCCCCAUGUUGAGGGAAGAAAUUGCAAGACGAUCGAACUGUGGUGUUGAGUCGAUUAAUUUGAUUUCUGGUGGUAAAAUCUUGAAAGAUGGCGAUGGAAGCGAGAAGCUUAUCCAUUUGGGUCUUAAGAACAACUCUAGGAUUCUUGCUAGACGGGUUUCUACUGAAGAGGGCAAGGCACUCAAGGAUGAAUUGAUGGCUGAGGAAGAACGCUCUACUAGGCUUGCUCGAGUCAAGGCAGCUGCCACUGCUCUAGCUGAAAGGCAUGCUAAUGGUUUUCUCCCGGUUGAAGAUUUCAAUAUAGAACUUGAGGAUCAAAGUGGACAGAAAGUUAAUUUUGGGUCUGAAACUGACCAAAAGGCAAUCAUGAUGGGCCUUAUGCUUCAUGCAAACGCAAAGCAGCUGAUAAGAAAGGGAAAUUACAAAGAUGCAUUAGAAGUUCUCAUCAUGGGAGAGGAGGCUUUCUCUCUUUGCAAUCCAAAGUUAAUUGAGUUUGUUGACAACGUCUCAAUACUUCAAAUAGACAUGGUGUGGUGCUAUUUCAUGCUAAAAGACAUCAAGUUUCUCUCGGAUGCUGGAAUACGCCUUGCAAGGGCUAGAGAAGGAAUCGAACGAUCCCAUGGGAAGGACUCUUCCCGUGUUCGAAUCCUUCAAGCUGGUUGCCAUCCUGAGCUUGCCUUACAUUUGAGGCUGGAGCUACUGGAGGGGGUAGCUGCAUAUCACAGCUGUAAGUUCGAUAAGGCUCGGGAAGCAAUCAACUCAGCACGAGCAAAAUAUUUUCAGCUACAAGUGUCAGAUGAAGCAUUAUCACAUGUUAUGGAUAUGGGCUUUAAAGAAAGAGAAGCAAAGAGAGCACUGCGCAUGUGCCAUCAAGAUGUAUGUAAGGCUGUUGAUUUCCUUUUUGAGGAAAGGGCAAAGAGAGAGAGAAGACGGGAAGAGGAUAUUCGACGCCAGGAGGAAAUCAUGGAGCAAAAACUAUAUGGAAUGACACCCUCCAAGAAAGCUGUCAAUCUUCAGAUAUUGAAAGAACUGGCAUCUAUAGGGUAUGAGAAGGAGUUAGCUGCUGAAGCCCUGAGAAGAAAUGAGAAUGACUUACAGAAAGCAUUGGAUGAUUUGAUAAGCCCAGAAUCUAACUCUGUUAUACAGAAUGCUAUCGAGUCGAGGAAAAGGAAACGACAACAUAAAACAGCAGAUGAUGCAGUUGAUAAUCUCGUUCGCAUGGGCUUUGAUAGAACAAAAGCCGGGGCAGCUUUUGAGGCCGGUGGCUCCUUAGAGCAAGCACUUAUUAUAUUAUCAGAACUCGAGACGAACACUACGGUCAAUGGGCAACCUGACUCAGUGACUGCAGCCUUGGCUUCUGAGGGUACAAGUUCCUCCCUUUCAAACAUUGCAGAAAACCAAAUGUUGGACACCUUUGAUGACGGGGAAGGACCAGAAGGUGAAGAAGACCGAGACUUGGAGAUGGAAGAUGAACUCGCCAGAGAACUUGAUGGCGCUAGUGCCGUAUCAGAUUACGACUUGGAUGUAACAAAAGAAGGAGAAGCCAUAACAGAGUACUUGAAUUUGUUGGAAACAACGAUGAAUUCUGAGAAAGCUUAAGAAACAUUUUAGAGGGUUUUUGUGGUGUAAAUAACAUUACUUUUAAAUUAUGGUUAGCUUCCUGUAAGUAAAAGAGGUACUACUUAGAGACAAAACUAUCCUUGAAAGUGUUGUUGCUAGAACAACAAGAAAUAAGAUUUAGUAAUGUUUGAGCAUUUACUUUGAUGACAUUAUGAAGUUCAUUUUCUACGUUAUCUUGA